CGUUCAUUUUAACUGGCGUGAGUUCAUCCCCGUUCACACUGUUGUUCUCCUCUGGUUCGUCCUGACGUUACUGGCAGCUCUCUGGUCAUUGCAGUGACUGAAAGGCGCAACAUGUCAAAGGUGGCGGACAUCGACGAGGGGCUCUACUCCAGACAGCUGUACGUCGUGGGCCAUGAGGCGAUGCGCCGCAUGGCCACGACCAGCGUCCUGGUGGCGGGGAUGCGGGGCCUCGGAGUCGAAAUAGCCAAGAACGUGAUCCUGUGCGGGGUGAAGUCCGUCACGGUCCAGGACGAAGGUCUGACAGAGUGGGCGGACCUGUCCUCCCAGUUUUUCCUGAAGGAGUCCCAUGUGGGUCAGAACCGGGCCACGUGUUCCCUGCAGUCACUGUCUGACCUAAACCCCCACGUGAGUGUGUCGGCGCACACCGGACCCCUGACCCCAGACCUGCUGCAGCGCUUUCAGGUGGUGGUCCUCACCGACUCCUCGCUGGACGACCACAAGCGCUUUGGGGAGCUCUGCCAUUCGCGCGGCAUCAAACUCAUUGUGGCCGACACCAAAGGGCUCUGCGGCCAGCUGUUCUGUGACUUCGGGGAGGAGUACGAGGUGUCGGACAGGGACGGGGAGGCGCCCGCGACCGCCGCCGUCCACGGCGUCACCCAGGACAAUCCCGGGGUGGUGCUGUGCCUGGACGACCAGACCCACGGCUUUGCGGACGGCGCCAGGGUGGUCUUCUCCGGCGUUGGAGGCAUGACGCAGCUCAACGCUCUGGGCCCCGUGGAGAUCAGAGUCCGCGGCCCGCACUCCUUCAGCAUCGGCGACACGUCGGCCUUUUCUGCGUAUGAACGCGGUGGAGUGGUCACCGAGGUCAAACAGCCUCUCAUGCUGAACUUUAAACCGCUGAGUGAGGCCCUGCUGGAUAAUGAACUCAUUAAAAUGAACGACUUUGGAAAAAUAGCGAGACAUCAGACCCUGCACUUGGCUUUUCAAGCUCUUCAUUCAUUUGUCGCGAAAGAAAAGCGACUUCCUCACCUCUGGUCUGAGGCGGACGCCGACGCCCUGCUUGACCUGGUGCGAGAGCUGAACGCGGCCGCACAGCUGGAACGACUGGAUGAGGACGCGGUGCGGACGCUGGCCUUCACGGCCCGGGGCGACCUGGCCCCCAUGAACGCCGUGAUUGGCGGCUUUGCCGCUCACGAAGUCAUCAAGGCGUGCAGUGGCAAGUUCACGCCCCUUCAGCAGUGGCUGUACUUCGACGCCCUCGAGUGCCUCCCUGGAGAAGAGCAUCGGCGGACGGAGGGCUUCUCGUCAACAGGGACGCGGUACGACGGGCAGACGGCCGUGUUCGGCUCGGCGUUCCAGGAGGACCUCGGGAGGCAGAAGUAUUUCCUGGUUGGUGCCGGUGCGAUUGGCUGCGAGCUCCUGAAAAACUUCGCUCUAAUGGGACUUGGUGCUGGAGAACAGGGGCAAAUCACUGUCACAGACAUGGACUGCAUAGAAAGGUCCAACCUGAACCGCCAGUUCCUGUUCAGGUCCCAGGAUAUCGGGAAGCCAAAGUCAGAGGUGGCCGCCAAAGCAGCGCGGGACAUGAACCCGCAGAUGAGAAUCGUGGCUCACCAGAAUCGCCUGGGCCCCGAGAGCGAAGCGGUGUACGAUUACAGCUUCUUCAUGGGCCUGGACGGAGCGGCCGCAGCCCUGGACAACGUGGAGGCCAGAGUCUACCUCGACGGACGCUGCGUCAAACACAAGAGGCCGAUGCUGGAGGGAGGAACCCUGGGCGGCAAAGGUCACACGCUGGUGGUGGUGCCUCACCUCACCGAGUCCUACGGCCAGGAGAAGUCGGGCAACACCGGCGCCUUCCCGCUCUGCACGCUCAAGAACUUCCCUCAUCGCAUCGAGCACACGCUGCAGUGGGCCAGAGACCAGUUCGAGGGGCUGUUUAAACAAACACCUGAGAAUGUUAACCAUUUCCUGAGCGAUGCGGGCUUCGUGCAGCGGACCCUCGGCCACGGGGACGCCGAGGCCCUGGAGGUGUUGGGCUCCGUGUGGAGCAGCCUGAGCAGCGGCGACGGAGGCCGGCGCCCGGCGAGCUGGGCCGACUGCGUGAGCUGGGCGCGCCGCGAGUGGGAGGUUCUGUACAACAACGACAUCCGCCAGCUUCUGCACUGUUUCCCUCCCCAUCAGGUCACCUCUACAGGGCUUCCAUUCUGGUCUGGAUCCAAGAGAUGCCCUCACCCGCUGACCUUUGACCCUGACAACACUACUCACAUGGAGUAUGUGGCGGCUGCAGCUAAUUUAUACGCUCAAAUCUACGGGAUCAAGGCGACUAAAGAGUCUAUCAGAGAAAUAUUGAAAAAGGUCCACGUGCCACCUUUCAAUCCCAAGUCCUCUGUGAAGAUCCAUGUUACGGACAAGGAGAUGGAGGAGGACAAAGAAAAGGGAAGCGAUGAUGCAGAAAAAGCUCAGCUGGAGGAUUUGAAGGCAAAGUUGGCCUCUCCCUCCGUGAAGCGCUCGGCCGGGCGGAUGUUCCCCGUCGACUUUGAGAAGGAUGACGACUCCCACAUGGACUUCAUCGUCGCUGCCUCGAACCUGCGAGCGGAGAACUACGACAUCCCUGCAGCCGACCGGCACCAGAGUAGGCGCAUCGCUGGCAGGAUCAUUCCUGCCAUUUCCACCACCACGGCGGCAGUCGCGGGCCUGAUGUGCCUGGAGCUGUACAAGCUGGUGCAGCGCCACCAGGAGAUCCGCUGGUACCGCGCGGCCUACGUCAACCUGGCCGUCCAGUACUUCGUCAUGUCCCUGCCGUGCGGGCCCCAGCGCUUCACGGUCGCAGGACGGACCUACUCCAUGUGGGAUGACUUCCUGGUCGAGGGCAGACGCGGCGGUCGGCAGGAAAUGACCCUGGGAGAUCUGGUGCAGCACGUGAAGGACGAGCACAACUUGAGCGUCUGCGGCCUCUUCUACGGCCCGGCCGUGCUGUUCAACGGGCAGGAGGAGCGGCUCAGGCUGAGUGUUUCUGAUUUGGUGAGGACGGUAACCAGAAAAGACAUCCCUCCGAACACCAAGAUGCUGGACCUGAUCCCCUCGUUCGCCGAAGACGAGGACUCUGAGCAGGUCCCGACCAUCAGGUACCUGCUCUAAUGCACCUGAUGAUGAGGCCGUCGACGGGAGCAGACGUCCCUCUGGUCCGUGGGGUUUCAGCCAGUGUGAAGUGCUUUGUAUGAAGGUGAAUUCUGCCCUGUAAUCUUAAAGGGCAGAUGCAACAAACAGCUGAGGGUCAGGGUGCCGACCACUAACUACUGCCUGCUACUGCACCGUCAUAGUCUGAUGAAGAUUUGCUGUAUCACAUUCCAAUGAAGCAACGUGACUAAUUCCACUGAUUUGUCGUCCUGUGACUAAACCAGGAAGUAGAAACUACUGCAACUUGUUCAAAGUUUACAUCCAUUUACUCAUUUGGGAUUUUCUGCAGCUUUAUAAUACGGAAAAGCAGCUUUUAUGCAAUUAUCACUCACUGUUAGUUUUGAUUUAUGACGCAUGUCUUGAGAGGUCAGGUCACAACAUCCACACACAUCACCCUUCACAUUUAGGCUCGUAUGUGGCCGUCAGCGGCCUUAAAGCCCUCAUCUGUGACAUUUGGCUUCGCAGCCUUUAGGUUUCACUUCACACCCACAUCCUGCCAUGGCUAUAUUUAAAUCAUGCCUUAAAAAGUUCUCUCUGUAAUUGUUACUUCAACUGUUUGCCUCCCUUUGUUCCACCGUUAUUGUUCCUGUAAUUAAGUGAUUUUCUUUUGUGAUUAAAUGCUGGUGAAGCGAUUUAAACCCUAA